GUAAAAUGUUCUGAAGAUCUGGUUCUGAACGAAUCCGUUCCGUUUUGCUCGAGUCCGCCUCUCUGUGCCUGUUCCUAUUGACGCACUUAAAGACUCUUCCCUCAACCUUAAGGCGAGUAGCAGCGACCAAUCACCAUGCCAUUACAGGCUUCAGAGGAAGCUGUUUAUGUGACUCCAGCGCUAAUUAGGCUCAUGAACUAACAAAUCGCUUGCACAACUGUGAGGAACCGAUCACAUCCAUGGAUUGUCUGGCGCAGUCGACCACCUUUAUGGCUAUUAAUUGAUUUGUUGUUACUUUGGCUUCUAUUCUUGCUGCACUCUUUGCUCCAAAGUUAUUUAUGCUGACAAACUUUCUCGGUGUGGAGUAGUAGCCUAUUUUUUACGAAGAACGCCUGCACCUCUUAAAUUCUAAACUGGGGAAUCUUGACUAUCAAACCAUGUUUCAACCUACACCGAAGAGGUGUUUUACCAUAGAAUCGUUGGUAGCGAAGGAUAAUCCUCUACCAGUUUCGAGGUCUGAGGAACCCAUACGACCAGCGGCUCUGAGCUAUGCAAACUCCAGCCAGAUGAAUCCAUUUCUGAACGGGUUUCAUUCCAGCGGCAGGGGCGUCUACUCUAAUCCGGACUUGGUGUUUGCUGAGGCGGUCUCACAUCAUAACAACUCCGGUGUCCCAGUUCAUUCGGUGCCUCCUCCACACGCUUUGGCUCACCCACUUUCGUCCUCGCAUAGUCCGCACCCUCUUUUUGCCAGCCAGCAAAGGGACCCCUCUACUUUUUACCCAUGGCUAAUACAUAGAUAUAGGUACUUGGGUCACAGAUUCCAAGGUAACGAAACAAGCCCGGAGAGCUUCCUUUUGCACAAUGCACUGGCCAGAAAGCCCAAAAGAAUUCGGACAGCUUUUUCACCUUCGCAACUUCUGCGGCUUGAGCACGCAUUUGAAAAAAACCAUUACGUCGUAGGUGCAGAACGAAAACAGCUUGCGCACACCCUUAGCCUCACAGAAACUCAGGUAAAAGUGUGGUUUCAGAACCGAAGAACCAAGUUCAAACGGCAAAAGUUGGAGGAGGAGGGUUCAGAUUCGCAACAGAAGAAGAAGGGGACCCAUCACAUAAACCGAUGGAGACUUGCAACAAAACAAGGAUCGGGAAGUCCCGAGGAAAUUGACGUCACUUCAGACGAUUAAAAUAGCCUACUAAAUUGUUUGAACCUGUGACAGCCGCGUGGCGUGAAGUAUGACGUGGCUAAGGAUGCUGUGUACAGGGAGAGGGUUAAGCUAAUGUCACAUUUCGAUUCUUCGGAGAUCGGCAGCUGAGGGUGAGAGAAUUCAGAUUGGUGGCACUGCUGUCACCAUGGGUCUGUCAAUACGUAUCAAAUUGCCCAGGCGAAAGUGAUCGACAGUAUCGCAGUCCACUUACCUGUCCCCCUUCCACGCACCAACCCACCACUACAAUCUCCCACGAACCUCCCAAAAAUGAAUCUCCAAUUCACAUUGGAAAUUUGCACUUCUGAAAGUUUCUAAAUAUGAACGUUUCCACUCAAGAUACCAAAAUACAAAACUGUUUUUGUAAAACUUGAAUUGCAUGGACUUUCUGGUAGUUGUUAUAAUUUGAUUAUUUUUUUCAAAACACAACUUUGUUUUUACUCAAUCUCAGAGAUGUUGUGCUUCUUCCUUUUUACAAAGUGUGCAGUCUUUUAAUUAAUGAUUAUCGUGUUAAAGUGAUUGUGCAAACAGUAUGAAGUAGCAGUGCUGCGUUAGUGUUUUUAAAGAAAACACAAAUGGAAAUGAAUUUCGAAAACUUUAUAAAAGUUUAUCAAACCACAUAUGAAGUACUUAAAGGGAAAGUAUCCAAGACACUCCUUAAACCCAAGCUUUACCAUGGCUCUGUUAUUCUGGCCCGAGCAUAUUGUCAGGACUUGACCCUCCCGUGAGAGUUGCCACGAAGGACUAAUGCAAGAAUUGACAGCCAUAGAGGCGAGAGAACUUCAAGCACUGAGCGUUUCCAUGUACAGAGAUAGUCCAACAAAAAGUUAAUGUUUCUGUUAAACCCUCUUUUACCAGAAUGUACAUAAUUUUGUGUUUGUGUUAAGUUUGCUACAAUUUUAACACAAAUUAUACUUCCAAGAAGUAUGUAAUUGUCAAUAUUUUGUCAAUAAAGUUUUAUCAAUAUGUUGCGCGCAGAGUAAAAGUAGGCCUAAUGGUUUU